UAGUACCAGUCUAGCAGUCAGGCAGUCUCCCUCACAGCCGCAGCCACAGCUGACGCGGCACCAAACCGACGCACGAGGGGGAGGGGAGGCGGCGCAGGCGGCGACGGCGAGAGAGCAGGGAAGCCAAGAGCGAUCUGAUCGCGAUGGCCCGAUCGUCCGAGCCGGUGGUGGACGCGCGCAGCGGCUACUGCACCGCGACGCGCACCUUCCGCAGCAAGCGCGCGGACGUCCCGCUCCCCACCGACCCGGAGCUCGACGUCGUCACGUUCCUCGCCUCCCGCCGCCACUCGGGCGUCGUCGCGCUCGUCGACGCCUCCACUGGCCGCCGGAUCACCUUCACCGAGCUCUGGCGCACGGUGGCGGGGGUGGCCUCCGCGCUCGCGGCGCCGCCCCUGUCCCUCCGCAAGGGCCAGGUCGUGCUCAUCCUCUCCCCCAACUCCGUCCACUUCCCCGUCGCCGCGCUGGCGGCCAUGUCCCUAGGCGCCGUGCUCACCACCGCCAACCCGCUCAACACCCCCGCCGAGAUCGCCAAGCAGGUCGCUGACGCGCGCCCCGUCGUCGCCUUCACCACCCGCGAACUGCUUCCCAAGAUCCCGCUCGCCGACGGCCUCCGCGUCGUGCUCCUGGAGUCCGCACGCAUCCCCGCCGACGCCACCAACCCCCGCGUCGCCGCCGCCAUCAUGGAGAUCUCCGCGACGCCUCCCGACCCCGCGCGCCGCAGGGACCGCGUGACGCAGGACGACCCGGCCACGCUGCUCUACUCUUCGGGGACCACGGGGCCCAGCAAGGGCGUCGUCGCCACGCACCGGAGUCUCAUCUCCAUGGUUCAGAUCAUCAUGACGCGCUUUCGCCUGGAACGGUCGGACAAGACGGCGACCUUCCUCUGCACGGUGCCCAUGUUCCACGUCUACGGCCUCGUCGCCUUCGCCACGGGGCUGCUCGGCUGCGGCGCCACGGUGGUCGUGAUGUCCAAAUUCGAGCUCCCCGAGAUGCUGCGCGCGAUCAACGAGUACAGGGUGACCUACCUGCCGCUCGUGCCGCCGAUCCUGGUUGCGAUGGUGGCGCACCCGAAGCCGCUGCCGCUCGGGCAGCUGCAAAAGGUUCUCUCAGGCGGCGCGCCGCUCAGCAAGGAGCUCAUCGAGGGGUUCAGGGAGAAGUACCCGCAGGUGGAGAUCCUUCAGGGGUACGGGCUGACAGAGAGCACGGCCAUCGGCGCGUCGACGGACUCCGCCGAAGAGAGCCGCCGCUACGGCACGGCCGGGCUGCUGUCGCCCAACACCGAGGCUAAGAUCGUCGACCCGGAGACCGGCGAGGCGCUGCCGGUGAACCGCACCGGCGAGCUCUGGAUCCGGGGGCCAUACGUCAUGAAAGGCUACUUCAGGAACACAGAGGCAACACAGUCAACACUGACACCUGAUGGAUGGCUCAAGACCGGGGAUCUCUGCUACAUAGACGAGGAUGGGUAUCUCUUCGUGGUGGAUCGUCUGAAGGAGUUGAUCAAAUACAAAGGGUAUCAGGUGCCUCCGGCAGAGUUGGAAGCCCUUUUGCUAACACAUCCAGAAAUCACAGAUGUCGCUGUUAUCCCGUUUCCAGAUAGGGAGGUGGGUCAGUUCCCGAUGGCUUAUGUAAUGAGGAAGAAAGGGAGCACUUUGUCAGAGCGUGAGGUGAUGGAAUUUGUGGCGAAGCAGGUAGCGCCUUAUAAGAAGGUUAGAAAGGUGGCAUUUGUGACAGACAUUCCCAAGAAUGCAUCCGGCAAGAUACUGAGGAAGGAUCUCAUCAAGCUCGCCACAUCCAAACUAUGAAAUGCAAAUUAAUCCGCAAUUUAUAUAUUGGCGUCGAGUAGUUAUGUGUUUGUAACUGAAGAAGUCAUCAGCUAUGUACAUUGCUUCUAUACAAGAUAUCGGAGGGUAUACUGCUUCUGUACCUAUGGAUAAUCGAAUCCAAAAUAAUUGCCACAGUUCAAGGCUAAUAAUGUUGUAGCACAAGAUUUUCUCAUGCACGGCUCAUCACAGAGCAGUUAAUUAACGGAAAAGCUAUACUCCAA